CGAUGACGUCUAGUAGUUCCGUGCUUUCCGGCGCCAAGAGAUGCCUAAAGGUGUUAAGAACACUGACAAACCUGAAGCGCAGGAUAGCAGUGGCCGUACUGCAUGAGAAGAGUGCGAAGAAACCAGUCAAUCAGCUGUCCCAGUGUCCAUUCCAUCUUAGCAUCACCUCCCUAGACAAACAUCCAGACAGUCGCAGCAUAGACACAGUGAUGACGUGGCUGGACGAGGGGCUGCACCAGGAGGUGGCCGACAACAGAUUCAACGAGAGGAUAGAGAACUGCCGGGGGUUUGUGAAAACGUCAGUGUGAACUGUAAAGCGGAUAGAAAUGUGUUACCUGCGGAUAGACUGAAAUGAUAACAACCUGAAACCUGAGAUGAUAAAACUACUGAGUGUAUUCCACAGGACUGGAAGUGGACAUUUAAACUAUUGAGUGUGUAGAACAUGGAUUGAUAGGGACGGGAAGGUAACAAUUUUGAAAAUCUGAGGAUAGACUAGGAGUGAAGAUUGUCAAAACUGAGUGAAUUGGACUUGAUGGAUUGGCUGACCCAAGAACAUACUAGAAGUUAAGGAAACUGUGAAUUGACUAAAACAGAUCAUUUUAACUGUUGUGCUCUAUAAAUAGGCUGGAAACAGAGAUUUUAAAAUAACUAUGGAACUAGAUUUUAAACGGAAGAUACUUUUAAUUGUGUGUGAUAAAAAUAAGAGAAGUGUGUAAAAGCUAUAGCGUCCACGGUUUGAAAGACUACCAAAUUUUAAUUGCUGUGAAAAAAAUUGGAAGAAUGUGUAAAAACUCUAAUGUGGUUUGUAUCGUAUCAGAGAUUGUUUUUGAGGUGAAUACCAGGUAGACUAGGGUAUGUGAAAAACCUAAUGAGAGAAAUGUGAAGAAACAUACCUAAGUUAAAUGACAAAGAAUGAAAGAUCUGUGAGUGAAAAAACCUCGAUCACUGUCAUGUGAUCUUUAUGAAGUGAUAAAAAUGUGAAUAUCAUCCCUUUCAGUGUUAUUAGUUUGUAUGAAUGUCAUUUUAAUAGAACUUAAAUGAAAGCCUUGUUUACUGAUUUUAGUCCUGAAAUAUCAGGUUCAAAACCUCCAAUACCCACAUCAGUGGCUUUAUGCUGAGACUGGAUGGUUAAUCUAAUUUAUAGUCCAUCUUUCUAUAACAAAAAUAAGAACGGUCCUCUUUGACAGAUCACUUUGCUAUGCAAAUUUAUUUUCAUAAACAAAACAUAUUGAUAGCCUAGUGGUUUUUAAUACAAGAACUUCCUUAGUUUGCUAAAUACUUCUUAUGCUUCCCAGUCAUUUAUUCAAACAAACUCCAAGGCAUUUUUCAUUACUAAUUUUUAAUGAAUACUAUCUGUUACCUAAAAAUAUUUAUUCCCGAAUAUCUGGCACUGAAAGGGUUGAAUGCUUUCACAAUGUUUUAAACACCAACCUAUAAGUAUUGUUAUUACCGAUCCACUGUAAUUAUUUAUUUACUGUUUCAGUAAACCCUAUGCAUAGUUAGUUCCAUUGACUAUUGGAUAUUGAAGUAUUAAUAGUCAAAGGUUAGUUCCUAAUAUUUUGUUACCAUGUUUUUUAAGAUUGAUAUAGUACUUUAAGGCCGAUAUUUUUAAGACUAUACUGAUUAAUUUUACAUUCAUUGAAGAUUUAACAAACUAUUUUUAUUAUUUUUUCCAACAUUUACAAAUUGACGUUUCUCAUCCAACAAAUUGAUUACCUUCACGUUUGAGAUUAAAAUAUUUAUUAUAUUUUUACUGUUGUACGGUACUGACUUUGUAAGCAAAUAAUGUUUUAAAAGUUUUAGAAAAUUAUGCCUAUAGUAAUAAUUACUGUUAUCUUCAUCCAAAUUACUCAAAACAUUGAUGCACUGUUUCCUUUAUGUUAAAAUAAAAUGAAAGGAACCUAAGACUGAGAAGAGGUGUCCCCUAUAAUUGGUCACUUUGAGACUGAAAUUUCAGCAAAACAACAAUUUAAUCGAUUAAAGCAACUUUAAAUUAAUCAAAUUACAGUUAUCCAUAGACUAAGAGUGUUUAAGCAAUAAAAAGUUUAUGUUGUGGUUCAAAUUUAAAACAGAGAUAACAAAAUUGUUUACAGAAAAGAACCCCAUUUCGACAAAGUGUUACCAUCAGUUAAAGAUGCCCCCUUGCACAGUUGCUGAUCAUGGGAAAUGAGCUUAAAGCCGCAUAAAGAAAAUGUUUUACUAAUUAAGGAUGGAUAUUAAAUACCAAAAGUAAAUAUACCUCGGGGAUACUACAAUUUGCAUAAGUUAGGACAAUAGUAAGAAUUUUUUUAGGAAUCCUCUAAAUAGUCAACAAAACAAUUCCUUACUUUGGGUUUGCGUUGGCAUUUGUAACACAAAUUACACCACCAAAUAGAAUGGAAAAAUGUAUUUAGUUAGACAAUAUGUGUUUCAGUUCGAUCACAGACUACAAUAUAGACUAUAGACCAAUUAAUGGUCUAUUGUCUGUGGUCCAAUGUACUAUGAAGUAAUAAAGAAACAUACCAAUGACAUUAUAUUGAACUUCCAAGUUGAAGAAUUGGUUCCACUGUAAUUGCAAAAAACUAUUCUCUAUGAGCGAGAUCAAUCUGAUUUAAGACAUGUUUUUAUAAAAAUGAAUGACAAAAGAAUUUUACUUGUGUAGACAAAUGACUGCUCAAAUGUAUUUAAAACUUUAUUUUGUAAGAAAACUUUAAAUAAGGAGUUGUGAAUAUUAUUUAAGUUAAACUUAUUUAAAUGUAAGUUAUUUAAUUAGUUAGGAACAAUAAAGUAAGAAUUAAAAAAUAUUAUGAUAGUGAUAUAUUUUACGUUACAUAAAUAAAUCUUUAAAAGCUU